UCUAUUGUAUAGUUGAAUCUGUUCCUCAUCGAAUGCUCCACUCUCUCUCCGCUCUCCGCCGCCGCCGCCGCCGCCAUUUCUCAACCUGCACCAUCAGCUUCCCUUCCCUUCUCCGCCCCAACGCCUCUCUCAGGCCCCAUCUCUCCGACCUCGCCCUCGCGCUCCCCGAAGCCACCCGCACGUGCUGGCGCCUCCCCGCGCCGGGCCCCUCGCACGUGCUGCACCUCUUGCUCGCUUCCCGCUCCCACUUUCUCACGCCCCAAAAGGUUCGAUCUUUGUGGCAAGUUUUCAAAUGGGUCGCUCGCGGAAACGCGCAUUUCGCUUCCCAGCAGCACCUCUCGCAGUCGCGCGAAAUCAUGGCUUCGCUGGUCGUGCGAGCGGGGCUGUUCAAAGAAGCCGAGGAGCUGCUUUUCGCGGUGGAAAGUGAUCAUUUUUUUGAUGAUCUCGUUAAAGGGUAUGUCGCCGCGAGAGAUUGGGAAAAGGGUGUUUUUGUUUAUGAUUUUAUGAAGGGUAAAGGGAAGGUUCCUUCGAGGGGUUGUUAUGGGGUUUUGGUUGAUCUCUUGGUAAAGGUGAAAAAGACGGGUCUUGCAUCUCGGGUGGGUUUUGAUUUGGUGGGUUUGGGUGUACCGUUGAGUUUUGAGGAAAUGAGGGUAUUGGAGAAGGUUAUGGUGUUACUUUGCGUUGAUGGGAAGAUUCAGGAAGCUAGGAACAUGGUGAAGAAGGUGUUGGUUCUUAACACUGGGGUUAGUGGAUUGGUUUUUGAUGAAAUUGCGUUUGGAUAUUGUGAUAGGAAGGACUUCAAAGAUUUGAUUAGUUUCUUUGUUGAGGUGAAGUGUGCCCCUAGUGUGAGGGUUGCUAAUAGAGUCAUGGAUUCGUUGUGUGUGAGUUAUGGUGUAGAGAGGGCAAGGUUGUUUUUGCUAGAGCUAGAGAGUUUAGGUUUUAGUCCUGAUGAAGUAACCUAUGGGAUAUUGAUUGGUUGGAGUUGUCGCCAAGGGAAGAUGAAGAAUGCGUUGAGUUGUUUAUCAGUUAUGCUGUCGAAAAGCCUUGUGCCGCGUGUUUAUACUUAUAAUGCUCUUAUAAGUGGGUUGUUUAAGGUAGGUAUGUUGGAUAGUGCAUGGGACAUUCUUGAUGAAAUGACUGAGAGGGGGACACGGCCUGAUAUUUCGACUUUCAGAGUUCUUAUAGCAGGGUAUUGUAAGUCUAGGCGGUUUGAUAAGGUGAAACUUUUGAUUGGUGAGAUGGAGAACUGUGGAUUGAUUAAACUUUCUUCGGUGGAGAAUCCGAUUUCAAAGGCUUUUCAGAUUUUGGGCUUGGACCCUUUGAGUGUGAAGUUGAAACGAGACAAUGAUGGAAGACUUUCGAAAACGGAGUUCUUUGAUGAUGUUGGAAAUGGACUUUAUUUGGAUGCAGAUGUUGAUGAGUAUGAGAAGCACAUUACCUUGGAUCUUGAAGAAUCCAUGCUACCCAACUUCAAUUCAGCUGUUAAGAAGGAGUUGUGCAAUGGUAACCUAAAAGAUGCAUUGGUUUUGGUUGAAGAAAUGCUUUGGUGGGGACAAGAAUUGUUGUUGCCUGAAUUCUCGAAGUUAGUGAGGCAACUUUGUUCAUCUCGGUCACAAAUCAAGUCAGUGACCAAUCUUUUGGAGAAAAUGCCUAAGUCUGCCCAUAAACUUGACCCGGAAAGUCUCAAUUUGGUUGUACAGGCAUACAGCAAGAAAGGCUUAAUGUGUAAAGCGAAAAAUAUACUGGAUGAAAUGCUUCAAAACAAAUUUCAUGUCAAGAACGAGACAUAUACUGCCAUAUUAACGCCUUCAUGCAAGAAAGGAAACAUGAAGGACUUCAAUUAUUACUGGGAUGCUGCUUGCAGAAAUAAAUGGUUACCAAGCUUGGAUGACUUUAAACGUCUUGUUGUCCAUAUCUGCCAUCAGAAAAUGCUCAAGGAAGCAUCACAGUUUCUUGAAAUCAUGCUUUUAUCAUACCCUGACCUAAAGUCAGAUGUAUGCCAUGUGUUUCUAGAAGUACUUUCUAGUAGGGGCCUUACAGACACCGCAAUUGUAGUUUUAAAGCAACUACAACCCUCUUUCAUCAUGGAUCAUGCUGGUUAUAAUAUUCUUAUAAGGGGCUUAUGUAAUGAGGAAAAAUUUUCUCUAGCCUUUACAAUGUUGGAUGAUAUGCUAGAUAGAGAUUUGGCACCUAGUUUGGAUGUUUCGGUCUUGUUAAUCCCUCAAUUGUGCAAGGCUCAUAAAUAUGACAAUGCUAUUGCAUUGAAAGAUAUCAUUAUGAAAGAGCAUCCUUCUUUUUCUCAGGCUGCAGAUUGUGCAUUGAUAUGCGGAUUUUGCAAUAUGGGGAGCAUAGGGAAAGCUGACGCUCUGUUCCGUGAUAUGUUGUCUAAAGGGUUUAGUCCAGAUGAUGAACUGUGUAACGUGCUUAUUCGGAGUCACUGCCAAGCUAAUGACUUGAGAAAAGUUGGGGAGCUACUUGGUGUUGCAAUAAGAAAGGAUUGGGAGCUAUCCCUCACUAGUUACAGGAAUUUAGUGCAAUCAAUUUGUAGGAAAGGUAGAGUCAGGUUCGCUCUAAGCUUAAAGAACCUUAUACUUGCGCAAUAUGCACUUGAUGGCCUUAUCAUAUAUAACAUUCUUAUCUUCUAUCUUUUGUCAGCUGGAAACAGUUUGGUUGUUAAUAAGAUACUAACUGAAAUGGAAGAGAAGAAAAUUGCACUUGAUGAAGUUGGUCAUAAUUUUCUUGUAUAUGGUUUCUUGCAAUGUAAAGAUUUAUCUAGUUCUCUGCAUUAUCUAACUAACAUGAUUUCAAAAGGACUCAAACCAAGUAACCGAAGUUUGAGGAAGGUAAUAAGCAGCCUGUGUGAUGCUGGGGAUCUGCAAAAGGCCUUGGAAUUGAGUCAAGAAAUGAGAUUAAGAGGCUGGAUGCAUGAUUCUUCAGUUCAAACUUCUAUUGUUGAAAGCCUUCUUUUGUGUGGUAAGAUACAAGAAGCAGAAACCUUCUUGGACAGGAUGGGAGAGGAAUCUCUGACUCCUGAUAAUAUCAAUUAUGAUUACCUGAUUAAGUGUUUUUGCCAGCAUGGAAGAUUGAACAAGGCAGUUCAUCUUGUGAAUACAAUGCUGAAGAAACAAAACAUUCCAAUUUCCACCAGUUAUGACUUUCUCAUUCAUGGAUUCUGUGCACAAAAUAAAUUAGACAUAGCUUUGAAUUUUUUCUCUGAGAUGUUGAAUUGGAAUCUCAAACCAAGAAUUGAUACAGUGGAAAUGCUUGUCCAUAGAUUCUGCCAAGAUGGGAAGACAGAACUUGCAGAACAAUUCCUAGUGGACAUGACUCAUGGAGGUGAAACUCCAUCCAGAAAAAUGUAUUGCACUGUGAUUAAGAGUUAUCACAUGGAAAAGAAUCUUAGGAAGGCAUCAGAGCUCAUGCAAGCCAUGCAGGAAAGUGGCUUUCAGCCUGACUUUGAGAUACAUUGGUCCCUCAUAAGCAACUUAAACAGUGCCAAAGCAAAGGACACUGCAAAGGGGACCAAGGGAUUUUUGUCAAGUCUUCUUUCUAGAAGCGGCUUUCUUCAAAAGAAAUGAUUCAGAGAAAUAGCCCUUCUGUUGUCAAAGGGGUAUUUGUUGGUUGCAUUUGCAAGUACAAUGCCCAUUGGGCUUAAUUUUUGGGGAAAAUUGUUGUGCAUAACAAUAUUUAUUAAAGAUCAAGAGGAUCGUUUAACCACUUUGAGUGUACCAAUUCAAUUGUAAAGUGAGUUUAACCUCUUUCUAUAUUUGGAUUGGGGACUUCUUGUAAAAUUCAGUUUUGGAAUAAAAUUCACAUCUUUAGUUUCUA